GUCUGCACUUAUACAUGAGGUGUGCUUGCUGCAUGACUUGGCUUGGUAACCGCAUUCAAGCGGGGCAUUACUGAGGGCUGUGCAUGCAACGUCACCGUCUUACGCAUAUGAUUGCAGUCUGCCUUGAGUCCUCCACAUCGAUAUUGAGACAAUGAAGCCUGGAAGCCUAAGCAGGCUGAGGGAGGGAAGGGGAGCUGACUGAACGCCUCAAAAAGAUUCUUUAGUCGGUGAGCUGUGAGGAGCAGAGAUCUUAUAUAUGCCUUGCUUUCGCCACUCUUUUGCCACUCAUAAUGCAAUCAUGUCAAUCUCCCGAUGUCGCAAGCCUCUGCACCAACUCUGAGACUGAAUCAUUCGUCCUCGGAUGGAUCUUGUGUUGAUCCCUACGAUAAGGCCGAGCAAGGAUUUCAGAUUGGCCUCGAAGACCCUUCCGUGGCUAGGCCGCCCCAGGAACCCAAGAAGACAUUCUCGUUCCGUUCUUCACUGCGUAGUUCCGAUAGCACACUGGUAGGCUUUCCUUCUCAUGAAGAUUUCGUGGAUGAUCCAAGGAGACCAUUGCCUCGUCAAGAUAUAUCAACUAUAUCAGCACCAGGGUCUUGCACAACAGCCUGGACAACAAGGUGCCUCAAUGAGUUGCCUCGUCUGUCAUUUCUUAGGCCAAGUUCGGAAAAGCUACGAGGACCCCCUCCGGCCGAUUUACAGCCAGGCUAUGAUCAGUUCCAGUUCGAAUGCUAUGAUAAAUAUCCCAAUGGGUGGCCAAGGGUUGCAGCAUUUCUAGAAAGCUGCGAUUCGUUUUCGAUAUACCGAAGAUUUGGCCAUGCUCAUUCGCGAUUACUUGUUACUCAUGAAUGUAACAUUACAGAUCUUGAGACGCAGCUCCAAAAGCUGGAUAAGAACGAUGACGAAGGUGGGCCUGACACGCAAUUUCGGUUGAAGACCCGGUAUCACGAGGAAGGAUUCGAUACUACGAAAAGAGAUCUCGAGGAGAAGCUAGAAAAAGAGCUUCUUGCAUACGACGCUCUGCUCUUGAACCACCAUCGCCUAAAAUCCCUGGAUGCAACGCCAAACGGUGACCACCACAGUGUUUUCAAGUGGAUCUGGCAGAACCAACCACUCGACAUGGGUGAAUACAACUGGAUCUUCCAUCCAGGAGACUUCGUAUCUAUGGUAUCUCCCCGGACGAACCAAUUUGAAAAUUCCAUUCGACGUUAUCUUCAUAAUUUCUCAAACUCUCCUGUGAAGAGCUUCUUCAAAUCAGCCAGUCGCGUGCAUGAAACAAAAGAUGAUUCGGUGGAAUUCUUCUCUCAAUCCCGCAUCAACGCCGUCGCUCGCCUUGUCGCUGUGUUCUUCGCCGUCUCAGUCCUCUUCAUCCCGGUGAUUCUUUUCCUCUUGACCUCAAUGAGCAAAGCCUGUAUGUUAGCCGUUGUCCUAGUGUUCGUUUUGGCCUUCUCUAUAAUUAUAUCUGUGGUUGUCGAGGUGUCAUUUCAGGAAAUAUUUAUUGGUACUGCCACUUAUUGUGCUGUUUUGGCCACCUUUUUGGGCAAUUUGGGAGGCGCUACGGCGGGUUGAGGUUUGGGAUAUGUUACAUUAUAAUAUGGGCCUAGUCUGGCGUCCGGUGUUUUGGCUCCUCGGUGCUUAAGGAUCUAACGGAGUUGGCAUACAACAUGCGGCGUCGUGUCCUGCACCAGCAUAAGGGUUGUCGGAAUCUUUCCACUCAUGCUUUUCAACUGUACACGAUAUUUAUGAGAAAUCGAAUGACAAAUCUAUCAAUACUUACCUUACGAAUAAAC